CAGACACACGAGCGGAAGCAGAAGCUCGAGGAUGCCCUCGCAGCAGGUAAGGCUCUUCCGACGGGGUCGAGGAAGGAGGCACAGAUCUUGGGGAGCGACUUGACGUUCGAUGAGGCUCAGGCCGACCCGAAAACGCACUUUGACAACGAGUACUUAAUGGCUGGUAUUCAAGACCAGACGAUCAUUGUCACAACGUCUCGAGACCCGAGACCCGAGCUCGAUGUACUGUGGACCAAGGAGGCUACGUCCCGCAGAAGCUGGCGGAGCCAUGUGUGCAGACCCAAAGCUGUGACUGACAUCGUCAAUCUGCACGAAACAUGCGGCAGGCAUGGUUUCCUGCAUGCCAUGAUUGUUUCCCGUUCUCUGCAUGGCCCCACUGCGUCUUCUUCACGAUCAGCAAUGUUUAGUCGCGACAUGAUAUCGGCACAUACAAGGCGUCACCCCAUCUUCAAAAUCCUCAGCUCGCGAUUGGGCGAGCGGAUACGAGACGUACUGAACUUC